AUGGACCAGAAGACAGUUCUCAUUACUGGCUGCUCCUCUGGGAUUGGCUUGUCUCUGGCUGUUCACAUUGCUAAUGAUGAAAAGAAGCGAUUUAUGGUGUAUGCCACCAUGAGAAACCUAAGUAAAGGAGAAGCCUUGGUAGAAGCAGCAGGCCGGACACUGGGCAAGACUCUGGAGAUCAAGCAGAUGGACGUGUGUGAUGAGAAUUCCAUCAAAGCCUGUGUUGACAGCAUCCCUGAAAGGAGAAUUGACAUACUUAUAAGCAAUGCUGGUGUAGGUCUUAUUGGACCAAUUGAGUGUCAGUCUAUAGAAGAGAUGAAAGCUGUCAUGGACACCAACUUCUUUGGCAUGGUUCGACUCCUGAAGGAAAUUCUACCUGAUAUGAAGAAGAGGAAGAGUGGCCAUAUUGUAGUAAUCAGCAGUGUCAUGGGCAUUCAGGGAAUAUUGUUCAAUGACAUUUAUGCAGCGUCGAAAUUUGCUGUGGAAGGGUUUUGUGAGAGCUUGGCUGUUCAAGCUUUGAGGUUUAACCUGAAUAUAACCCUAAUUGAGCCUGGUCCAGUUGUGACAGAGUUUGAACGUAAAGUCUUUGAAGAAGGCUUAAAGACAGAUCUCUCCAAAGCAGACAAGGUGACAGCUGACAUGUUCACCAACAUUUACCUGAAAAACUACAAGCAGAUAUUUGACACCUUUGGACAAACAGCAGAAGAUAUCGCUGAGCACACAUUCAAGAUCAUUACCGUGGAAAGCCCACCAUUCCGUCACCAGACCAACAGUCUCUACACACCCAUGACCACUCUAAAGUAUGCUGACCCCAAUGGCGACCUGCCCAUUGACAUUUUCUACAAGAUGGUGUUUGAACAUGAUAAGGUUUUCAAUGCCAGUCUCAACUUUCUGAAGCUGCUGCGCUGGAGAAGUCGUAAAAGCUUUACAUUAGAUAAACCCAAGGCUUAA